ACCAGCUACAUCAUGACGGUCGUCCUCGGCCAUGCAGCCUCGCCACUGAUGAGCAUCAGUGACGUGGGAAAUGUCUUUCCCGAAAGCAUAUUAUUCAGAAUUGGAUUCAUAGGGACGUCCAUUGGCACUUUGGUACUAACCUUUCUUAUUUAUAAGUAUAUGGUUAUGCAUACUGAAGAGUUCAGGGGUCAUCAGGUCCUGAUCCAGAGGAUCCUGCUGGCCAUUGUGUGGGCCUCCUGUUUUUCCACAGCUGUUAUGCAUGUAUUGUCCCCCGAAGAAUAUCCCAGGAUACACUUUGUCAGCACGAUAAUUUCCAUUACAUGUGAAGCCUUAUACUACCUUGGGCAGUCCAUCCAGAUGAUCCUGCUGGCCAUUGUGUGGGCCUCCUGUUUUUCCACAGCUGUUAUGCAUGUAUUGUCCCCCGAAGAAUAUCCCAGGAUACACUUUGUCAGCACGAUAAUUUCCAUUACAUGUGAAGCCUUAUACUACCUUGGGCAGUCCAUCCAGAUGUAUAAAUUACCAGGAGCAAAAAAAGUCAUCCACCAUAGUAGAUGCACCUGCUGUGGCCUGACUUUUGUCUGUGUAGUUUUCUAUUUUGGAUAUGAAACAUUAAAGGAAUUAUUCCAUAAUGAUGAAGACUGGGACGAGAUCCGUGAAAUCCCCAUCAUAAUCAUCGAGUGGGUGAUGCUUCUACUGAUCCUGAUAAACAUCGUGACCUAUUAUUCCACCAUGCAGAGGUUAUUGUUGACCGUCUCCAGAAACAGCUGCACACUCUCUCUUAGAGUAAAAAUUGAUGACUUCGGGGUGUAGACCACCACGGGGGCCAUCAAGUGGACUUCUGGGAGAGAUACUGCACAGGACACGGAAAACAUCUAAAGAAGAAUAACUGGGGGACUACAUAUGGUGCCAGUAAUCAUGACACAAUAAUAUGAGCUGGUGAUAUUACCUAUA